CUCUGACAUAGACUCCUCCAAAUUCAGGAAAACCUAUCUCUCUGGCAUGUUUCCAGGUUCUUGCCGGGAAACAAAAUUAUGGGUAAUUUUGUUAUGCCGCCUGCUGGUCUACCACCAGACAAUCCACUGUGGCUUGUCUAAAUAUCUGAAACCCUUAGACCAAAUUGUAAGUUACAGAUUUCAACAUGUCAGUGCUUGUGCCACUGCAGUACAUAAAUAUCUGUCAAGUGAAUAACGACCCGCAAAUAUAUGCCAUUCACACAAAUGCGCAUAAACUAUAGCAAGAAACAGCUAUAAAGCCCUCGUUCUGCUGGCCUCGAAGACUCGGUGCUUAUCUGCGGGAAUGGUUCAUUCAUACGUAAAACUCCGGACAGGGUCAGAGUAGGGUGCGUGGAGUCUGUAUCGAUUCCUCUAUCAGGCGUCUAUUUAUUAAGUUUGAGUGGUUCCCUGACGAGCAAAUACACUGUGGGACGGCCCGGGCUCUUGUCAGUGGACUGGUAUAUCUGUUAUUGAAGUUCACAGACAUCAGUGACUGACAUUACUCCUGUUUACAUAGCCCUUGUACCGAAAUUGAGUGGAACUGGUUUUGCUCGGUUCCUGGCUUUAGAAAUUCUUGGAACUUUGGUUGGCCCUUUCACGGAGAUGAAAGACCGCGCUCCACACAUUCAGGACCCCGGAACUUUUCACAAAAGACUUGCGAAUGAUUAGAAAGGAUUUCUUUUCUGUGGAUAGCACGCAAAAAAUCAUUCCAAACAGUCGCUUUCAGCAAGAAUACAUUGACUCCACGGAGAUGGGUUGAGGAUUAAAAAGCUGUAUUUUCUCAUGAGGAAAUGUAGCCCUGUUGUAUCGUUGCGAAUUGGGUUUUUAAUCUGUUGGUUAAGCCACGCAAUCAAUACAACAGUAUCGCACAACGCCCGUGUGUAUGAUACCAAGCCAGUGGGUACGGGAUGUCGCUAAUGACGGUUUUGUUAGAGGAAUUAGCAAACCGGAGUCGUGUGGAGAAGAUUUAAUUCUGUGACACUUGUGGAUUGUGUUCCAGGUCAACGCAGAGAGUAACAACAACGUCACAACGUCACAACGUAACAACGUAACAACAUCAAACGCACAAGAAGACCAGUGUUAUUCAUCGUGAUGUUAGUGCACAUUCCUGAGGAGACUGUUUCACAUUAUCUGUUGAACAUUAUGUGACGACUGUCGUUCACUACACGUGGUGUGCAUCAACAAUUCAAGACGUUAUAUUCCACUGGAGUCUGAAGAGGAGGUUGUAUUGAAUGAUUUCAUGUCUAUCGUGUGAGGAUUUAUCACUGACCUAAAGAUUGGAAGUGUUUUUGCAUCGAUCAAGACAAUGUUUACGAUUAAGACUUUGAAUUGCGAAGUGGUUAUCAUAUAAUGCGGAUGUUGAAUGGAGCCGGAAAUAAUAUUUUUGAAAACCUGACGUCUAAUUCUUCUGUUGUCAAAUUUGCUUGAAAGUGUGAUGGAAGACGCAACGAUUAUGCAUAAAUAUCAAAACUGACACUGUAUAUUGUUAGUACUGACGUUUGAAGACAUCAUAUCACUAUGGCAAAAACACAGUUGUCGUCUGCUCCAGACAAAGAAAAGGCCGGACAACGUGACAGCACUGGGGCCACACCCGCUCGUGAAAGGUCAAGGACACCUUCUGGCAGAGACAGAGUUAUCGCCCCUGUAGACCUUAUGUUGAUCCCACCUGCAGGAUGGAACGAAAACCAGAAAAAUCGACGGCGGAGCACUAUUCAUUCUUAUACCCUACAGCAUUACCAAGCUCUUCCCAAGGACGCUCAAACACUGAAAAAGGUAAAGGAAAUGACUUCCGGAAAAGCCAUGAAGAACAUACUUGCCCUCAGUGUUGCAUUUAUGUUCAUUUUCACCGCAUUUGUAUCACUACAGAGCCUCCAGAGCACUUUGCACCCUGGUGGAGUGGGAGUAGUCUCCCUUAGUUGCGUUUACGGAACGACCGUUCUGUCAUGCCUCGUUGCCCCUUGGCUCAUAAACAAAAUGUCGACGAAAUGGACAAUGGUCGUAGCUUUUGUAAUGUUCACUGGUUACUUCUCAGCGAACUUUUAUCCUAUGCAUGAAGUCCUUAUCCCACUUGGAAUCGGACUCGGUCUUCUUGCGGGUCCUUUGUGGAGUGCGCAAGCGACAUACAUUACGACAUUGGCCUUGACGCAUGCGCAACACGAGAACAUCGUUGAACCAGACGGGUUCAUCAACAAAUAUAUGGGAAUUUUCCUCGGCUUUUACCGAAGCAGUUUGAUCUGGGGGAACAUGAUUUCAGCUUUCGUCUUGUCAAGCAACUCUACCCUUGAGUAUCAAAAGUACAACUUCAACAGCACGCAUACAAGUGAAAUUUGUGGAGCUCGUGACUGUCAUAUUUACGACUCCGCCGACGGCACGUACAACAAUGACUACAGUCGGCUAGAGGGUUCGAUCCCGGAUUCCACACGUUACAUGCUCCUGAGCAUUUACCUUGGGUGUGGCAUCAUGGGAAUUGUGAUUCUUGUGGCGCUUGUGGAUAAAAGCAAUGUCGGAAAGCAGGAUGCGGAUCCAGAGUUUUCUCUGUCGUCCAAAGAGCUGUUUUUGUCGACACUGAAGAUGUUUAAGGAUUCAAAAUGUGUGCUGCUUAUUCCCCUCGUGAUGUUCGUCGGGCUGGAGCAAGGGUUCAUGUUUGGGGACUUCACUAAGUCCUACGUCAGCUGCACACUCGGUGUCCACAACAUUGGUCCAAUCCUCAUCUGCUUCGGGGCGGUCAGUGCUGUUGGCUCUGUGGUCAUUGGCUACAUCGCCGAGCACAUCAAACGGUUCCUCUUCAUCACAGCCGGUGCUACCUUCAACGUCGGACUACUCAUUGUGCUGUGGUUGUGGAAGCCGCAAGCAGGAGACGUCCCUAACUUCUACGUCGUCGCAGGUUGCCUGGGUCUCUGUGAUGCUAUCUGGCAGACGCAGACAUACACUCUGUUCGGAGUUCUGUUCUCGCAUAAACAGGAAGCUGGCUUCUCUUCCUACCGGAUGUUCCACGCAACCGGAUGUGCCAUUGCCUUCGGAUACAACUACUUCCUGUGUGUGGAAACAAAGGUGUACAUCCUCGCCGGAGUCCUGGCGUUGUCACUAGCUCUUUACACCAUUAUUGAAAUGAAAGUGCAGCUGCAGAGCCAGCACAUCGGAGACAUUGUGGCGCUGUGAGGAACUGAACAAUGCCAUUAGCAGCGGCCUGAUUAAAUCCUUUAAAAGGGAUGUCAGCCUUUCUUUUCACUGUACAUAGAAUUUGAUAUGGGGCAACAGAAUGGUUGUUUUAACGAAAUACAUUGAGAUGUUAGUCAUGCGCCCCUGAUGAGAUUACAUUUAAAGCAAAGAGUAUAUAUUGUGUUGCCGGUGAUGGAUACAAGUCAACAGCAAAGCAAGACUACCCAGAACUGGGUUUAAGGAUUUAUGUUCAGUAAGAACCAGUAGCAUUCAAAGGCACACCUGAUUGAGCUCCUACAGUUAAUAUCCAGGUCAACUUUGAUUUGAAUCGCCCAAUGUCGUAAUAUGCAACUA